AUGGAUCCAUUCUCGACAGAAGGUGAGCUCAUCAACAUCCACAAUGCCUUCCAUCAAGGCCAAUACCAGAACGUGAUCGACUUCGAUACCUCGGCCCUCUCACCAGACAACCAUCUCACCGCCCGCAUCCUGCAGCUCCGCGCCCAGCUUGCCCUCGGCCAAACCGCCGAAGUCCUAUCCGCCGUCGAGGGCGAAGAAGAAAAAAACCCCGACCUCGCUGCGGUGAAGGCGCUGGCGCAACUCACGGCGGGCGAUGCCGAGUCUGCACUCCAGCUGACACAGGAACUGGCGGAGAAUUAUCCGGAGAAUGCCUCGGUGCAGGUCCUGGGGGGGACGGUGCUGCAGGCUCAGGGCCGGAGCGAGGAGGCGCUGGCGGUCUUGACGAAGCAUCAGGGGAAUUUGGAGGCUGUUGCCUUAAUCGUUCAGAUCCAUCUCCAGCAGAAUCGGGUCGAUCUGGCGCUCAAAGAGGUUCAGGCUGCUAAGCGCUGGGCGCAGGAUUCUCUGCUUGUUAAUCUGGCUGAGUCGUGGGUGGGGAUGAGGAUCGGUGGUGAGAAAUAUCAGUCUGCCUUUUACGUCUACGAAGAACUUGCGUCCGCGCCUGGUACGUCGGCACCUUUGUCUAUUGUCGGACAGGCUGUCGCGGAGAUUCAUCUGGGCCGGUUACCCGAGGCCGAAGCUGCGCUGUCGGCUGCGCUGGAGAAAUACCCUGAGGAGGCGGAGUUGAUUGCUAAUGCCAUUGUGCUGAAUGUAUUGGCUGGGAAGCCUACGGAGGAAUUGGAGAGGUAUAUUUUGCUCUCAAACAUGAUAUGA